UUGAGUUCUGCACUCCUUCCAGGUGUCCCAGCCUCGGGCGGGCAGGUGAGCCGACGAGGCCAAAGGUAAGCACACUUUGCCUCCCUCGGCACCACCGCCAAUCAGUAUUUACCAAUUCCCUGAGCAAAGUCCAGAGGAGUGAGAGUGGACUGCAGGAUGGCUCCGCUGGCUCGCAGCGUGCUGGUGACCGGCUCCAGUCGGGGAAUUGGCCUGGAACUGGUCCGGCAGCUUGCAGAGGGGCCAGACCCACCCAGGCACAUCUUUGCCACUUGCCGUGACCCCAGAGGACCCAAGGGAAAGGCCCUGCAUCAACUGGCUGAAAAGCACUCCAACGUCCACGUGGUUCAGCUAGAGGUGGAGAGCCAGUCCAGCGUGGAGGCGGCUGUCUCGGAGGUGGAAUCCCACCUGAAGGGCCAGGGCCUGAAUCUGCUCAUCAACAAUGCCGGAGUCAACUCCUACGCCACGUUGCAAACCGUGGAACGGCAAGAGAUGCUCUCUGCCUUCAACACGAAUGUCGUGGGGGCGAUUUUUGUGGUUAAGGAAUUCCUGCCUCUGCUCAAGAGGGCAGCGGAGGAGACCGGAGCCGAGGACAUGAGCUGCAGCAGGGCUGCCGUCAUCAAUAUCACCUCCAAACUGGGUUCCAUUGAACGAGGGUUUGAGGUUUUCCAUGACCCAAUGUACCCAUACCGUGCAAGCAAGGUUGCUUUGAACAUGGUCACGGCAUGCCUGGCCAGGGAACUGAAAGCAGAUGGGAUCUUGUGCACGGUGAUCCAUCCAGGCUGGGUGAAAACAGACAUGGGGACAGACAAGGCACCCCUCGCUGUGCAAGACUGCGUGCAAGGCAUGCUCAGAGUGCUGGCCUCUUUGUCCUCCUCCUCCUCGGGAGCCUUUCUGGACUGGGAAGGGAAGAGUCUCCCUUGGUGAGGGACCGGACGUCCCAUCAGAACCUGCCUGCCUUUCCAGAACAAACCACGGAACGAUUUUCGAUUUAGAAAGACCUUUGCUACUGAGAUAUCCAGCAUCCCCAUUGUUUGCACUUGUAUAGUAAAAAUGAACCUUUUUUCGGAGAAAUGUGAAUGUCUCAUUAACUGUGUAUUUUAAACCAAUAAAAAGGGUGUCUAAGGUAAA